AUGCCGCCACGUGGCGUGUUUGAAAACGCAGCUAAGUUAGCGUCUACUCCACCACGAUCUCCAUCGCCAGGAUCUCUAGCAGUGGAGAAAUCGAUUUCUAUAGCUGUUUCUUACACAGGAAAGGAUACCUUCGCCGAUGGAACCCUUUUGACGUGCCCGCAAACCGCGAUUCCUCCCAACGUUAUGGUCCCAGGAGAUGUUGAUCCUGCACAGCUUUACUCCAUCGUGAUGAUAGAUGCUUCGCGGUCGAUGUUUACAUUGGCAGAUCAAUUCACGUACGUCCACUAUUGGAUCGCCAACAUCCCUGGAUCAAAGGUUGACGCUGGCACAAUUUUGGAGGAGUAUAUGAGGCCUGCACCCCACGACUUCGUGCAGCACAAGUACGAGUACUGUAUAAGCAGCAAGGGCAGAUCAAUACGCCUCUCGCGGAUAGAUUCGUCAAGGACUGGGAAGCGGUCGCAAGCGCUUACAACCUUGGCAGCCCAGUAG